AUGCCAUUUGGUACCGUCACUCUCAACGAUGGAAAUGAGUUCCCCAUAAUAGCCUUUGGCACGGGAUCCACCAUGAAAUUCAAGGAUGUCACAGACUACGUGGGCCAGGCCAUCGAGAAUGGAUUUUCCCAUAUCGACACCGCACAGCAUUAUCAGACAGAAACCUACGUGGGCCUUGCUAUCAAGGAGAGCGGUCUGCCUCGCUCGAGUCUGUAUAUCACUACUAAAUACAGCUCUGGUGCAUCACCGCGGGAGGCUAUUCAACAAAGUUUGAACAAGAUGGGUCUUUCUUAUGUUGAUUUGUAUCUGGUGCACUUUCCGGAAGUGCUUUCUGACUUUGAAUCUGGGUGGCAAGAAUUCGAGAAGAUGAAGAAAGAUGGCUUGACAAGGAGUAUUGGUGUCAGCAACUUUACUCUAGAGGACCUCCAGAAACUCUCGAAGACUGCGGUUACGAAACCUGCUGUCAACCAAAUUCGAUUUCACCCGUAUAAUUAUGCCUCGCACAAAGCUUUGCUUGAGUACUGCUCAAAGCAGAGUAUCAUGGUGGAAGCAUUUGGAAGUUUGAACUCUAUUACGCAGAACCCUGGAGGACCGGUCGAUGCGGUAGUCAACGCCGCCGCUAAGCGUAUAGGAGCAACUCCGAAUCAGGUCAUUUUCUCCUGGGUCAGAAGUAAAGGUGUAGCAAUCGUCACGACGAGCCGGAGCAAGGAACGCCUUCAAGAGUACCUCGCUGUCGAAGAUCUUCCACCACUCACCGCUGAGGAAAUCGCUGCCAUCGAUGACGCCGGUGCUAAAGGCCCUCCCUCCCAGUUGGUUGUUGCGAGGCUUGCGAUGCAACACAGAUUCGAAAGGUCUUCAUCGUUGGUCAUGUUGCUGGCUAUUGCAAUUAUAUUCAGCUUUGCGACGUUUUUCAUUGCGAGAGCCGAAGCACUCGAUUGA